UAAGUUUUUUCACUGAUACGUCGUUCAGUGACACAGUUAGUUUGCCUUAAUAAUAUUGUGAGAAAGUAAAUUGUUAUUGUCUUUAAAAAAGAACUCACUCAUUAGCUUCUUCAUUAGCAAAUUACAAACGUUGAAGGUUGAAUAAAAUACAAUAACAAGUUUGAGUGUAACUAUCAUCGGAAUAAAGUUGCAUCGGUCAAUAUCACAUAAAAUACCCUUUCAAUGGCAGUUUUAAAUUUGUAAAGCGAAUAAAAAGUGAAAGGUAUAAUGUAAUUAUAACAUGAAUCAAUUUUAUAAGCAAGAUCUCAAAGGAGAAUCAUCCCAAGUAUUGGAGGCAUAUGGUUUUAGAAAAAAUUAUUAUAAAACGUACUUUACUUGGUUCAUUAAUCUGGUCUCGUUGGGAACUCUGCAACUAUUCUUUUAUUGGUAUCCUUAUUUUUAUUUAUGCAUGACUCACAGCCAAUGUAACUUAAACGAAGCGACUAAAGUUUUCCUCGUAGAUUAUAACAAAGAAAAGAGUCGAACAUAUUUUAUCAAAGACAUUAAAACUAUAUCAACAAAAAAUGUGAGCGAUAUUCAAUUACGCCUAUUCUCGCUUGAUCAAGACUCAAUCCAAAGAAUACGUAACACAGAUUUAGAAAUAAUGUUGGAAAAUGGCUCGAGUGUAUAUGCAUCGAAUUACCGAGCUUUUUGGUGUAAAAAACAGUGCUAUAUCUGGGAUGAAAAAAAUAGAGAAUUUUCAAAGCUAGCUCGCUUUGAUAGAUUUGCAAACUGCAGCGACUUGGGAUCUUCAUUUGUUUUUGAUUACACUGUCCAGCUCAUACGUCGCAUGGUCUACGGAAAUAAUGAAAUCAAAGGUCAAAGAUCAAGUAUUGCUGAACUAGCCUUGAAAGUAAUUAUGGAACCUUCCAACGUUCUAUAUGCAAUAAGUUCACUUUUGUGGGUGAGUUUCGGAAAUGUUUGGGCCGUUCUGAUACACUUUUUAUUGAUUGCACAUGGCGUAUGGACUGAUGUUUCAGAAUUAAAAAGGAAUCAAGAUGAUUUUGAGAAAGCCAUCGAAAUAAAAGAGCGAGUUUGGGUAAAGAGAGGCUUCGGAUCUUUUGAGAACGUUUCGAGCUCGGAAUUAGCCCCAGGAGACAUAAUACAAUUACCGAAACACCAGGGACUGAUUGUUUGCGACGCUGUACUCUUAAAUGGUAGCUGCAUUGUCAAUGAAGCAAUGCUCUCCGGCGAAUCGACUCCUGUUUUGAAAACUCCGUUGCCAGCAUAUCCAACGACGUACGAUUCAAAAAUGUUUUUGUCUAAUACAAUUUUUGGUGGCACAACCAUAAUGAAAACCAAAAAUCGUACCAAUGAACCAGUCCUCGCCAGAGUCAUUGGAACUGGUUAUCAAACGAGCAAAGGUUCCAUCGUUACUUCGAUCCUGUACCCACCAAAAAUGGAUUUUAAAUUCGAUAAAGACUCCGAUUUUAUUCGCUGGGCCAUUUUUUUCAUUUCCCUAGUAGCAAUUGUAUACCCUCUUUCAAAAAAGGAUCUUAGCCACUUGCGACUACUAGAAAUUUUGGCAAUAUUAACUCUCAACAUACCUCCAGCUUUGCCGUCAAUCUUGAAAAUCGGAACAGCAUAUGCUCAGUCUAGAUUGGAAUGCAAUGAUAUCAAAUGCACGAAUUCGAACCUAAUGAAUUUAGCGGGAAGCAUCGAUUGUAUUUGUCUAGACAAAACAGGGACUUUGACGGAAGAAGGUCUUGAACUGGUUGGCGUCGUAGCAAAUGAGUCGAAUUUUGGACCACUCAAAAAAGAGAUUGGUGAGUUGAAUAAUAAUCAAAUAAUCGAAGGAAUGUUGGUGUGUCACAGUCUCUUCAUGGUUGACGGGCAGCUCAUUGGAAAUCAGAUCGAUAUGGAGAUUUUCUCAAGAACUGGCUGGACUUUACUUGAAUCGACUGCUGAACAUUGGGGCGACAUUCGUACGGUCAAACCGCCACAAUCGGUAAAUCUGUACGGAACAGCAAUCGAAAUAAUACAUCAGUAUCCAUUUUCAAAUGAAUUGCAGAGGAUGUCUGUAAUUGCUAGAGUAAGAAAUUCUCGCAAAUUUGUCGCUUACACCAAAGGAUCGCCGGAGAUGAUUAUGAAACUGAGUAAGAGCGAAACUCAUCCAAACAAUAUCAAAAUCAUUUUAAAAAACUAUACAGAGCAAGGACUGAGGGUCAUUGGAUUUGGAUUCCGCGAGCUGAAUAUGGAUGAUAAUGAGAUUCAGUCAUUAACAAGAGAUGAGAUCGAGAAUCAUCUCAAGUUUUUAGGUUUCGUCAUUUUUAGAAAUAAACUUAAGAAACCGACCUUAAAAGUAAUCAGAGAAUUAAGAUGUGCAAACUUGCGUUCAAUUAUGGUAACGGGCGACAAUAUGGAAACCGCUAUAAGCGUUGCAAAAGAAUGCGAGCUCGUACGCGAAGAAGAAGUUUUAUUGAAAAUAUCGAUGGAGUCGGACUACGAUAAAGCUGAGGAUUUCCCGCAACAAGCAGCUUUGUAUGCAGAAAGUUUGACACACGGAAAGUGGCAAUGUAGAAUUAACUCGAGUAGCUCAUUGGAAUGUCUAAUAUCGGAAAGCAGUAAAAUUGCAGUGAGCGGUCAAACCUGGGAUUUCGUACACAAAUAUCGUAGAGAUUUGUUGUUGCCAAUUUACCGAUAUGGAGUGGUUUUUGCGAGAAUGAGGAGUGAUCAAAAAAAGCAGCUCAUCGUCGAGCUGGCAAAGAUAGGCCACCACGUAGCUAUGUGCGGGGACGGAGCAAACGACUGUGCUGCUCUCAGAGCCGCUCACAUCGGCAUAUCUCUGUCGGACGCUGAGAUAAGUGUCGCCAGCCCGUUCGUGUCAAAGCAGCCCGAUAUCGGCUGCAUACCAAUGAUCGUGAGCGAAGGUCGCGCAGCCUUAACCACAUCGUUCGGACUCUUCAAGUAUAUCUUUGCUAUGAAUUUCGUGCAGUUCUCUUCGGCUUUGAUUCUCUACAGCAGUCAGGAUAACAUAUUCAACGACUUCGAAUGGACCUUCAUCGAUGUGUUCCUAGUCUUCGCUGCUGAGAUACUGUUCGGUGAUACUGAGGCAGCUCCUCAGCUCUCCAAACAACUGCCCGACUACAAUCUUCUGAGCUUUAAAUCGGUCGCAUCUUUCUGCUGUCAGGUCGUUGCUCUAACGAGUUUUCAGCUUUACGCUUUUUGUAUGGUUCGACGGCAGGAUUGGCUGGACUUAGCGAGCGCCGACCAAUACGAAAGUUAUUCUGUCUUUUGCCUGAGCUUGUUUCAGUACCUAAUAUUGGCCUUUGUUUUUUCACGCGGCAAACCACACAGAAAAUCCAUCUACACGAAUUAUCCAUUUACAGCCAUGCUCGUCAUCAACACUCUUCUCAGUGCUUACAUCACUCUCAAUCCUGCUCAAUGGAUUUUAAAUUUAUUUCAAUUAUCAUUACCACUUAGCUACAAGUGGCGCUGCACCAUAAUCUUUCUCGCCUUGAUAAAUUUUGGUAUCAGCUUUGGGACUGAAGAAAUAGCUCAAACAGAUCUAAUAAAGAAUUUGCUUUCGAUGAAAUAUAACGAGCAUAUUUGGCUGAGACGUAAAAUUAUACACGAUAUAGCAAUAAAAACUAAAAACAAUAUUCACAGCUUUCUAAAAGAAUGGACGAAUACAAAAAGAAAAAUAUGGUGCAAAUGGCAUAAAAUUGCUAAAAACAACAAAUAUGAAACAGUUCAUAAUCAACUUUCAAAGUUAGAAAGAGGUGUGGGAAAUUCCAUAGACGGAAAGAGUGAUCAUAUUGUCAAAAGGCAUUAUUCGAACGAUGUUGAACACGAUAAAUCGUACACCCGACGAAUUCGUGAUCAUUCUGUCUUGAACUUGUAAAAAUCAUAAUUGAAAAAAAUAGAAUUCCAUACAUUUUUGGCUCAUUGAA